UUUUCUUGUGUUUCAGGCAAAAGGAGUACAAGAAGUAUAUGAACUACUAUGCAUUCUUGACUUUAAUAAUGUUCGCAAGCGUAUGUCAGUUAUACUAAAAAAGGAUGGGAAAAUAAGGCUAUUUUGCAAAGGAGCUGAUUCAAUUAUUUAUGAAAGAUUAAAAGAAGGACAAGAUAGCUUGAAAUAUCACACUCAGGAGCACUUAGAUAGGUUUGCUGGUGAUGGCCUAAGGACAUUAUGCCUUGCCUAUAAAGAUUUGGAUGAGGAGUAUUUUUUGGAUUGGAAGGGGCGACAUCAUGAAGCUGCAGUUUCCUUGGAAAGACGAGAAGAAAAAUUAGAUGAAAUAUACGAAGAAAUAGAAAAGAACCUUAUUCUUUUAGGAGCUACAGCUAUUGAAGAUAAGCUCCAAGAUGGUGUACCUCAGACCAUUGCUAAUUUAGCAGUUGCUGGAAUGAAGAUCUGGGUGCUCACUGGUGAUAAACAAGAAACUGCCAUCAAUAUUGGUUAUUCUUGCCAGCUUUUAACAGAUGACAUGUUAGAGGUUUUCAUUAUUGAUGCACACAAUGCAUCUGAUGUUGAAGAUCAGCUCCGAAAAUACCGUGAAGAAAUUCGCAAUAUAACAGCCACCAAACAGCCCCAGACUAAUCUGUCUGUGGUCACUUUCAGGUAUGUUUACUAUUUAUUGGUGUUUAAGAGUAAUUUAUUCUGGUAUGUACUGUAUUCAUGUGUAUCCUUGUGUCUGUCUUAAUCUGACAUAUAGUUU